UCGAACGGAGUAGGAAAUGAUCACAUAACGCCCCAUAACACACUAAACCCACACAACAACAGCACGACAUGUGAAGUUAGGGUAUGUUACUGAGUCGAAGUAAACUAGGACAACUCGAGAGGCAUGGCUCUGAAGGAAACCAUAAGUGUGUGGUAUGAUGGAGUUAAAGCAUUCGAGGACGGUGAUUUUGCAGGUGCGCUGGACACGUUCCUGUCCAUAUCGGACCCGAGUGCUCGGAUUCUAUUCAACAUCGCCCGUGUAUCGAAGCUGAACGACUCUGUCAAGUAUUUGACUGAGGCUAUUACUAAAGACCCCCAUCUAGCUGUCGCUUACUACCAAAGAGGGCUGCAUUACUUCACUAAAAAACAGUAUGAUCGAGCCUUACAGGACUUUAUUAGUUCAGAGGAGAAAAUGCACGGUCGUCCAGUACUGGACUACAGUCAGCUCGGGAUGGCAUUCAAGUUGUAUUCUGCAGAGAUAGCCAUUACAAAGGCAGCUGUGUGGCAGAGGAAAGGUAACAGUGAGCAUGCUAUAGAAAUGGUGAUUACAGCCAGCCAGGAAGCUGAGGAGGAUACUGUUAAAAAAAUGUGUGUCAGUGCCCUCCAAAAACUCCAGGUUGGUGGUCAAGGUGCUCUGGAUCCUGUAAAAAUACAUGAUCAUUGUAUUUUUCAUCCUCCAAAAAGUUUGACAGCAAAUUUAAAGAAAAGAGAAUAUGUUGCCAAGUCAAGGGUCGUGUCCGACUACCAGCAGAGGAGCAGAGAGAGUUCUCCGAAUCCUGAAGGGAGACAAUCUGCCAAUCAACCACCUGACCUUCCUUCCAGGGGAGGUAACCAUCUGCCAAUUCCUCCUGACAAACCGAGAAAAUCUCACACGCUACCUGGCAGUAUGGAGUCAUCGCAAGGCCGCGCAAGAGAGUCCAACCAAUUAGAUGUAUCCUCUCAGGGACAGAAAAAAUUUGCGACCAUGGCAGGAAGCUCUCCCACAAGACAUUUGCCACCUCCCCCUAAGAGAGCUGCACCUAUUUUAUCUAUGAAUAUUAAAGAUUCAAAGUCAGCUGAAGACUUAUUUACAGACAAACAAAACAAUUCUUUAUCUGUUGAAAAACACAGAAUGAGAAGGCACAGUCAUGAUGUUCCUAGGGACUUUGAUUCACAAUUGACGAAAGCUUUGGCAGACCAGCUUAAGAAAGUGCAUGUUGGAGAACCUAUACAUAGUAACAAUGAUAAAAUAAAAGUUAAAAAUUCCAGUGACAGAAAUAGUGGCACCCCACCCCCUCGUCCCCCACGUCCUCCUCCCCCGGGGAUUGUGAUAGACUCUGACAACGAUACCCCUCCUCCAGUUCCUAGAAAAGACUAUCCAAAACCAUGAUGAUAUAAAUGUUUAUUAGUAAGCUGUCUUAUUGUUUUAUAAGUAGAACAGAUACAUCUGUAUAUUGUCCUGUCUUUGGGUUAUGUCAUGAGGGGCUACCUAUGACCUCUGACCCUGUGACCUUUUGUAUUUACCGGUAUACAGUAGGCCUAUGGUAGAUCUCAGUUUUUCAUAGAUAGUUACUGUGUUAAUAUCGUUAUACUGUGCUUUGUCUGAGGAUGCACAACUAUAUUUGGAUCAACAUCUGAUAUUUUCAGUGUACAAUGUAGAUAUUAAGUCAUAUUACAAUAUAUUACAUCAUCAUAUUACAUCUACAUGUAUGUCAUAAUUUGUCAUAUACUGUACAGUUGUUAAUCUUUGUGAUGGAUUUAAUUUCACUAUAUUCACAGUCAUUCAAUAUAGUGUGAAAAUAAAUACCCAGGAAACAUUUAUUUACACAAAACAUUUAUUUACACAAAACACGGUGUAUAAAAGUGAUUACUGCAGAAUGUUUAUAAGGUGUGAAAUUUGAUACCUUUAGAUUAGUUCUGGGACAACCACAAAUUUUUUUUUUUGAAAUUAAAUUUUUCUUUGAAAUACCCCAUAAUAAUGUGUAAUCUUUGUAGUAGUAUUAUGGUUUCAUUAACCCUCCAUUAUUAGCAAACCUACACAAAACUAAGUCAUAUGACCACUGUUAUGCUCCAAUCACUAUUGAUAAUGAACUGUAGGGUGACAUCAAUUAAAGGGGAAUUACUCUGGUACCGUUUUUUCAGCAUUAUGUAGUUUUACCUUAUAUGGUAAUGGUUAGUAUAGGAUCAAUACUCAAUGUAUUACUUUCUGAUGGUCUAUCCUUACAACUUCUUUAUGUUUAAUUUCAUACUCUUUGGUGCAGACAGAUAUUGAGACAAUUUGUUUUAAGUUGAGACAUUUUUAAUGCCCCAAGCAUGAUUACCUAUAAGUUAGUCUCUGUGUAUCUUAAUUGUUUGUAUAUUAGGUAAGUUUCAUAACUAGACACCCAACAGCAAUUGUCUUGUUUGUCUAGGUUUCGAGGAGCCUGCACCUACAUAAAUUGGAGUAAUAUAAUAAUUAAUGAAAUUGGAAAGACAUGAUUUUUUCUUCAGUUUUAGGAAUUUUUUUACUAGGUUUUCAGCUGUAAAAACAUAGUAAAACGUUUUUCUGAAAAGUCAUCAAAUCCUGUAUGUGCAUUUUGAAAAUACAAAUGUAUAGUAUAAAUUUUGUGUCGAUGUAACCACUUCACUGGGUCCUAUACCCCGAUUUGACAUAAACAGCAAUGAGGAUUACCUGCCCAACCAUGCGUGUUUACUGGGGAUACUCUGAUUUCCUACAAAAGUUACACUCCUUGUGCAUUGAAAUGCACAAGGAGUGUAACUUUUGUAGGAAAUCUGGACAACAGUGAUUAUAGAGUUUGACAGUGCCUUUCUGUUUAUUUUAUAUGAUCUAUGUAUUCCAAUUUGCCAAAUGUGAUACAGAGUUAUGAUUUAUUGAUGUAUAUUACAUGUGUCAAAUAUUUUAUCACUUUUUGUUGUGUGCCUAUACAUGGUGAUGUUUGGUCCUGAAAAACAUGAAGUCUUUAAAGGAACGUGCAAUAAUGCAAUCUAUUCUUGUUAAAGGGGCAUUCCUUCGUUCAGACGAAACCUGCACAAUUUCUGUUGAUGAAAUCUAUUUACGAACGGUAAUUAUAUGAGUGUCUGUGCCUACAUGUCAUGAAAUUAACCUCAAAAUAUAGAAGAAAAAGGCGUAUCAUAUACAAAUAUUGUAUGUCUUUGCAGUAACUAGUGUUACUUCGGGUCGAAUUAAGAAUUUUCAGGACUUAAUACUCAAAGAACUUUGGUUUACCCUGAGAGUAAAACUGCCUUAUUAAUGUGAAGAUUAUAACUUUUACUACCUGGAAAUAUAUGUAUUUUCAGUAAGUGUAUUUUUGACGACCUAAACUUUAUUAUUCAAAUGAAGGAAUGCCUGUUUAAAGGGUACAAUUUUUAUUUUUUUUUUGUUCAAGACGAAAAACCCUGAAUUGUACAAGAUAAUGUAGUAUACAUGUUUAUAAGCAAAUGAUUGACAAUUAUACUCUAGCUGUCAAUAACUUCACAUGGAAAUGUUUAGUUGACAAUUUUAUGGUUAUGGUGCUUUACUUUACUCAUUCUUUAAUGUGCUAUUCCUCUACUUAACUCAUUCUUUUUCCACUUAACUCAUUCUUUUCCGCUAUUCCUCUAUCUCAUUGGGACACAAACAUGUAUACCCAAACAUUUACAGCAACACACAUUCUAAAAAAUCUUGGUAUGAGUUGACAGAAAAAAUUAUUACAACCAAAUCCAUUUUUCAUUCUGACCAACAAGUUUCCACCCUGUUGGAGUUGGUUAUGUUUCUCUGUGAUAGAUAUAGCUUCUAUUGAUCUCUGUGUGGUGUUUUUGAAUCUCUCUAGAACUGUAUUGAUGGAAACAGUACUGUUUUUAUCUUGUUAAGGUAAAAUGUACCAUGAGAUUAUUAUAUAUAUAAAUUGUAACCGGUGGCACCAUGAUAGAAUAUAAUUAUGUUGAAAUGCUCCAUUAUAUAAAAGUGCACCACUUAUGUACAGUAAUACAGGUCUUUUGAUGCAUUAAACAUUGAAAACAAAAUCAAAAAGUGGGAAACUUUAUCUGUCCUUCACUAUACCAAUAAAUGUUGCUGUGAAGAAACUGUGCAAUAUUAAGUACCUGGUAAGCAAUACAUACCGUAUGUGGUCAGGGGAAGUAACUCUAAGUCAAAGUCUAAUUUUGUUGCUUCAUCGUCUUGUUCUGCAUACAAGGGAGAAUACUCACAAAUAGAAGACCAAACACUUUAAAAGUGAAACUGUUAUUUGUGAUUAUAACCAAUGCAGUGGUGUUGUUAACCUUGAUAAUGAUGUCAUGUGAUCGAAGCUUAAAUCACCAACAAAAUAUUCCAUUUAUUACCCAUUCUGGUCCUGUGAAACAUCUCAUUGAUUCUGUAAAUCCUCUAAUCGGUUCUAUAAAUCAUCUCGAUGAUCCUGUAAAUCAUCUCAUUGGUCAUAUAAAGCAUAUCAUUGGUCAUAUAAAUCAUCACAUUGAUUCUGUAAAUCCUCUAAUCGGUUCUAUAAAUCAUCUCGUUGAUCCUGUAAAUCAUCUCAUUGGUCCUGUAAAUCAUCUCAUUGGUCAUAUAAAUCAUGUUGUUGGUCCGGUAAAUCAUCUCGUUAAUCCUGUAAAACAUCUCUUUGAUCCUGUAAACCAUCUCAUUGGUCCUGUAAAUCAUCUCAUUGGUCCUGUAAAACAUCUCAUUGGUCAUAUAAAACAUCUCAUUGAUCCUGUAAAACAUCUCAUUGGUCAUAUAAAACAUCUCAUUGAUCCUGUAAACCAUCUCAUUUGUCCUGUAAACCAUCUCAUUGGUGCUGUAAACCAUCUCAUAGAUCCUGUAAAACAUCUCGUUGAUCCUGUAAAACGUCUCAUUGGUCCUGUAAAUCAUCUCACUGGUCUUGUAAAACAUCUUGGUGAUCCUAUAAACAUCUCAUUGAUCAUAUAAAACAUCUCAUUGGUCAUAUAAAACAUCUCAUUGGUCCUGUAAAACAUCUCAUUGUCUUGUAAAACAUCUUGGUGAUCCUGUAAAACAUCUCAUUGAUCCUGUAAAACAUCACAUUGGUCCUGUAAAGCAUCUCAUUGAUCCUGUAAAACAUCUCGGUGAUCCUGUAAAACAUCUCACUGGUCCUGUAAAACAUCUCGGUGAUCCUGUAAAACAUCUCAUUGAUCCUGUAAAUCAUCUCAGUGAUCCUCUUAUUCUAGUAAUCCUGUUAAGCAUUCCAAUGAUCCCUAAAACAUUUUAGGAUAUUUGUGGCUGGGGCUGCUGGGGAGAAAUUUAUGGAGUUAAUUAAUUAUCCUUUCCCUAAAGCAGUAGUGGUCAAAUGAUCAUGAGUUAUAAAGUUGUUUUUUUUUCUUUUAAUGGUAAUAAUGUAUUACAGUAUAUAAUGUAAUACUUAUAUGUUUGAUGCUAAUGUGAUACUUUAUAUUCUGAUAUGACCAAUAAAUUUUGUUAGAAGUUA